AUGCGAGAACGGACGGGCAGGAGAAUUGGCCCGGGUUCGUUUCCUGGACCGACCGGGAAACGAACCCGGGCCGCCCGCGUGGCAGGCGAGCAUCGUACCACUGAACCACCGAUGCACCAUGUCAUGUCGUGGCCAAACUCCGUUCCCGUUCGUUCUCGAUCGGGCGAGAACGAACAGGAAGGGAAUUUGGUCACGACGUGA